ACGGAACAUUCCUGAGUCCACAACACUGAAGAAAAACCUCCACUGCGCGAAUGGCGACAGCAAUCAAAAUCGAGCGCCAACGACCCGAAUAUUCUUCUUCUUCUUCUUCCCAAAAUACUUAGGAGGAUAUCAAAAUUUAUGUUUGGGAAUGAGCUUCCUGCUAAAAGAAAGGAUGAAUUCUGAUUCAGCUAUAAGAAAACGAGGAAGGGGUCAAAACAAACGUUUCUGGACAACCAAAGAAGAUUCUGCAUUAGUUGAAUCAUUGCAAGAAUUAUAUCGCAACACCAAGUGGCGAGCUGAUAAUGGUUUCAAAAAUGGAUACUUAACCCAUAUAGAGGCAAUACUGGAAGCCAAACUGCCGGGUUGUGGAAUACAAGCGUCUCCUCACAUUGAAUCACGAGUUAAGACAUUGAAGAAAAAGUAUUGUGCCUUAACUGAGAUGUUAUCUCAAGGAGGAUUUAGUUGGGAUGAUAAACAAAUGAUGUUGGUUUGCAAUAGAAGUCUAUAUGAUGAAUGGGUGAAGAAAAGAAGGGAUGCAAGUGGAUUGUAUGGCAAGCCAUUUCCAUUCUACCAUGUCUUGCGGGAGAUAUAUGAAAAAGGUCGUCAUACUGGUGCAAAUGUUGGCAAUGAUGAUGAUGAUGAAGAGGACAUUAGGCAAGAGGAUGCAAACAUUGAUCAAACUCAUGGCGGGGACGAUGAUUUGGGUGAAAAUGUGAUUCUGAAUGUGGAUACGAAUAUAGAAUCAGAGUCUGAAGGGAUGGAACAGUUUGAUGUAUCAUUUAGUACCCAACAACGAAGGCCUGCACAAAGUACCCCAAGUGUUUCAGAUCCCGGUCGCAGGGUGAAAGCAAAGGUAAUGGAGGAGAUGACAAAGAAUUUUGGGAGUAUGGCAGCUUCGGUACAAGCGAUGACAUCUAAGAUUGAUGCUCUGAUUAAAGUUCUUUCAACUGAUAAACAAGUGGCUGAAUUGCAAGCUAAACUUGACGGUGAGUUGAGCAAAAUUGAAGGCCUUACCGGAUUGCAAGUCUUUAGAGCGAUAAAUAUACUGGCCACCAAUCAUGACCUGCUGAGAGUGUUCUUUACCAUGUCCGAGGAAAGGAAAAAGGUAUACAUUACGCAUCUGUUAGAGUAUGGCUUAUGAAGGAUAGUUAUGCAGUCGCGUUUAAUCUUCUAGUCAGUUGUAAUGAUAUAUUUGGUAUAAAACGGUAUGACUGAGACGUUAUUGCCGCUGCUUAUUAGUGACGAUUGUGACAGUAAUCUUUGUCAUAAUCGCGCUUGUUAUCCAACUGAUGACCGGCUUAAGUUAUCUAAAUUGAAAUAGAAAGAGCUUAAAUGCCAAA